CGAUGCAGUUGAUGGAAAAUGGAAAUGGAAAUGGUUUGUUGAUUUGUCACAUGCGUGUUGUGCUGUGUUGUGUGAUAAUAAUUGUAAACAGUAGUAAAGUUUAAGUUAACGCGCAACUUUUGAAAGUACUUAUUGAAAAAAUGUUCCUUUACAUUAUUUUGGGUUUGAUAAUAGCUGUGUGUAGUUUUUUAAUAAUUUUACAUCAAUGUUUAGAGAAAAAGACUGUUUAUACAGAUCUUAAAAACAAGCAUGUGGUUAUCACCGGUGGAUCGAGUGGUAUUGGCAAGGCGGCAGCAUCUGAAGCGGCGAAAUUAGGAGCUCACGUUACGAUAAUCGGACGCGAUAUACAGAAACUUAUUUUGGCAGUAAGCGAUAUCACAGCACAUUGUAAGCCGUACAGCGGACAGAAAAUACAAUACGCAACGUUAGAUGUUACCACCGAUUACGAUUCAAUAGAGAAAUGUUUAUCCCAAAUAGAAAGAGAUGUUGGUCCAAUAUUUAUGUUAAUAAAUUGUGCUGGGAUGUGCAUUUGUGGACAGUUCGAUAAAAUGAAGGUGGAAGCUAUAAAGCAAAUGAUAGAUUUGAAUUAUUUCGGCACAGCUUACCCCACAAGAUACGUGUUGCCGAAAAUGAAGGAGCGCAAUGAGGGUUCCAUUGUGUUUGUAUCCACUGAGGCUGCUUUACUGGGUAUUUAUGGCUACAGUGCCUAUGGUGCAGCUAAAUGGGCAGUCCGCGGUUUAGCAGAAUCAGUGUUUAUGGAACUGGUUGGCACCAAUGUGAGACUGACGCUGGCCUUCCCACCAGAUACUGACACUCCUGGCUUCAAAAAUGAAGAACUGACCAAACCUAAAGAGACUAAACAGAUUUCUGGAUCGGGUGGUCUACAUACAGCAGAAGAAGUAGGCAGAAAAAUGAUCAAAGAUGCAAUGAAUGGAAAAACGUACUCUGUGUUUGGAUUCAGCGGCCAUCUUCUAUCAAUACUGUACUGUGGAACAAUAGACAGCGCUACACAAGUCCUUCUGCAGAUAUUGUCUUUGGGUGUCAUCAGAGCAAUCAUGGUUGCUAUACAACUGUCCUUCCAUAAAAUUGUCAGAAAAGGUUUAGAGGAACAACACAAUGAAAAGGAAAAAGAUAAGGUACAAUGAUUCCAAAGGUUACUAGUCCUAUUUUUAAUAUUCUAAAAAUCCUUUUUUUUUUUGUAACUAUAGAAAGUAUUGUAAUUGUAAUCGUUCGGUGUAAUAAACAUUAGAUAGGUAGAUCAAUUAUAAAAUUGAAAUAUAGAAUUAUUUGUAUUUUUGGAUAUAACUUUUAAUCGUCGUCAUCAACCCAUAUUCGGCUCACUGCUGAGCUCGAGUCUCCUCUCAGAAUGAGAGGGGUUAGGCCAAUAGUCCACCACGCUGGCCCAAUGCUGAUUGGCAGACUUCACACACGCAAAGAAUUAAGAUAAUUCUCUGGUAUGCAGGUUUCCUCAUGAUGUUUUCCUUCACCGACUGAGACACGUGAUAUUUAAUUUCUUAAAAAAAUUAAAUAGCUUUUAAUAUUCCAUUCAAAAUCUAUAAUAACUAUACACUUUGACUUUUCGUUAUCCUCCAGACAACUUUGGUAUUAGCUAUAUUGAGGUACAUAAUAAUCUAAGUAGAUUAACUAUAAGUAUAGUAAAUAAUAUUUUUUUGAAAGGCUGUGUAACCUUAAACUCUGGUCAUUUAGUAAAAUCCAGCUUUAUGAGAGCUAUGUACAUAAACAAUAGUUAGAUAUUCAAUCAAAAUAAUUAUUUUAAUGUUCACCCGCUCAGAGAUUGCGAUUUUGGUCUUCUUCUAUUAAAUCUUUUAUUAAAUAUCGAGUAAUAACAAUAAAAAUUGAAUAAUUAUCCCAACUUACAAUAAACGUAUUAAAUUUGGGCUAAAAUUAUUAACAAUUAUUUAAUUAACAAAUAUGAAAGGUGACAUUGACAGGUGUCAGAAACAUAAUUUCUGAGCUGCCGGACUUUAAGUGGUAUCUUUCCAUUGUGUAUACAAAUGCUAACAUUUCGAAAACGAAAAAACAUGUAUGGGGAUGUCAAUCGUUAUCGAUAGGUCACAUGAUCAACCUGUAGUUAUAUUAAGUAUAUUUUGUAGUUUUCGAAACGUUAGCGUUUGUAGAAAGAUAAUUUAUGUGUAACUUGGCUACAGGCCUUGUAAACAUUCAAAUAGGCUGAUAAUGAUGAAACUGCCACAAUAGGCUAGUUGACACUUUUUAAAAAGGGUCUUAAAUUGUUCAUUACCGUUCUAUUGAAUACUUGAAAAUUUUAGUUUUUAAAUGUUUUUUUUGCAACACGAGCUAUACCGCUAUCAGCCAUGAUGGUCUACAUGUAUUUUAUGUGUGUCAAGACGUCACGUAAACCUGUAAACAUUAAACUGACUGUAAUAAUAAGACUGAGAGAAGCAAAAAAAAAAUCAAAAAUCAAAAUCAAAAUUUAUUUAUUGCGGAUUCAGGUUACAGUCAGAUCUUAUUGAAAAAAACACCAAAUUCCGCCUUACAGCUUGCAAUAUCAUUAUAAAAAACAUUGUAAUUUACAAUAAUCAAUUCACACACUUAUUUGUAAAGUGAUUAAUUAAUUAGUAGGUACAUUGAAUAUUUUAAAGAAUAACCAUGCAAAACAAUAAUUCUAAUGAUGCCUUUACGUCAAUAUAAUGUCAGUUUAUAUAGGGUAUGUGAUAAGUAAAAUAAUAAAUUGCAAAAAAUUAGUCAUUAAUAUGGUGUAUUUGUAUAGUAUUUAUGUAGUCUUGAAAUCAAUUGAAAUUGGUUUAUUCAUCAAGGUACUCUUUCAAAAAACUGGUCAUGUCUUAAUAACUUUUAUUCAUCUAUACUACAGCCUUUCUUGAUGAGUACUGUUUACCAACAAAGAAGUUAUAAAUGAAGGUAGAAAACAUGUGUCAUCUCAUAACUUAUUAAUUUUAAAUUAUGUAUGGUUUCUUUAUAAAAUGUUACAUAAAUUAUAUUAACCAUAUCUAAUUGUUCUAAGCUUAUUAAUCAAAUAUGUUUUCAUUAAUUUAAGAACAAGUGAAUUAAUUAUUACUUAUUAUUAGGAGUUCAAUGACAAGUGAUUCAUACCCUCAUUUUAAAUUUGUUUGUUGGUAAACAGUACUCAUGAAGUAUAGUGAUAUCAUUGAUAUCAUGAAGUCACAAAAUGGACGACAGCGUUUUUGAGAAAUACAUAAUUUUUAAAUUCAACUUCAUAAGAAAUCCCUUACGUAUAUCGAUAUAUUUCGGAGCCUUAGUCCAUGUAGGUACUAUACGAAAUUAUAUUAAAUUUGAUAUGAGUCAACUUGCAUAUUCUUAUCCAAGCUGAGUUUGUUAUUUAAUUGCUGAUUUUCUGUAGGUAACAAUUAACAUGUAGAAAAUUACCAAGCGUGUAAAUCCUUUCAGUUUUUAGUAUCACAUCGCAAACCUCAUUAUAUAACUGCAGUGAUAUCGCAUUUUUUACCGAUUAGUAUUACUUUGUAUUGUAUAAGGUUGUAUAAGAUUUGUUAUGUAACGUUCUAUUGUUGAAAUAAAAAUGCAUAUAUAACAAAAUA